AUGUCGCGUCCAGGAGGGCCCGUUAGAGCCGACACACUCGACCUGCAGGAUCACGACAACCCCUCAGCCGCCGAGCACCAAAGACAUCCGGGACAGAAUGGUGUUGCGCCACACCAAGCAUCGCAGCUCAACCACGUGAGCGAAGAGCGGCAUUCCGAGGAGCAGUCACUACACGAUGCGUGGAACCUAGCAGGCAAACUCACAGAGGAACCGGGCGCGAUCGCCGAAGCGCAAGCGAAUCACGAAAAUGGUAACGCGACAAACGGCACACAGCAAGAUGGCGAGGAAGGAGGUGAAGGCGGCGAGUCAGAGACGGAGGGCGACGAUGACAUGAUGGACAGGAUAUCGAGCUCCCCGAGCAUUGACGAUGGUGGGUACUACCCUUUACUUUCUCCACCACGUAUCCGCACCGGCCAGGUUGGGAAGGCGCGACUGAGGAUCUGGCCCGCCAGAGCUUCAAGUCUGUCACCUUCGCCAUGUGUCACACCUACGCGCGAGAGCUUCAACAGCUCUACGUCCAGCACAUGCUCGACCCUCACAUCGAGUCCAUUUGUGCAGACACCACAGCAUUUGCCCCUUCAUAUAACGAAUGCAUCAUCCCCGCUGUCGAGACCGCCGGAUUAG